CAGACAUGAAAAAAUUUUGUUUGGUCGUUUGUUCUGCUUUACUGAGAGAGCCCCAGUCCGGACAUGGCACCACGCUGCUGAACCCUGCCAAGAAAGAUUAUGAUGAUGAUUAUGAUGAAGUUGACGGUGAGGAGGAGGAUAACAAUGAGUAAUAUGAGGAAGAGGUGGAAGAUGAUGAUCAUAGGAAAGAGGAUGGCCUCUCAGGUGUGGCUAGCCUUAGGUCGGCUGGGGGGCGGGGUUAAUGAGGUUUCUAGUGUAUAUGAGCAGUUGGCGGAGGCAGUGGACAGAAGAACCAACCAACAGACAAGAGAUGAAGCUGCUCCAGGUUUUGGCGUUGGUGUUCACCUGCUCUCGGACGGUGUCUUCCUCAGACCUCUCAGUCACCGUGUUCUCGACUACGUCCAGAAGUACCAUCUUGAGGUGGACCCGUGUCGAUAAUGCCCAGUCCUACAGGAUCAGCGUUGCCAAGAGCAGCUCGCCGAGCUCCCCCGUGGCAUUCGCCAUGUUUGGAGGCAACACGGUGAUGGGCUCAGUGAACUCUCUCAGUCCAAAUGUCCUCUACACGUUCACGGUGGAAGCCCUGGGCCAGAACCGGACUCCUCUAGACUCUGCCCAGAUCCAGACCUCCACAGCUCCUCCAGUCAUGGACCCUCUCACUACGAUGAAGUCCCAGGAUAGCAGAAGUUUGACAUUGGGCUUUGAGCCACAGACUGGAGCGUCUCACUACGUGGUUCGGAUCUCGGGGCCUAGCGGUCUGUUGAGGGAGGAGGUGGUGAACUCGGUGCCAGCUGUGGUCCAAGAUCUGAGCCCCUACACAGUGUACUCGCUCAGCAUCAUGGCAGUGAACAGCGGUGGCCAGAACCAGCCCUCUGAGUCCAUCACUGCCAGAACAGUCCUGGCCCCGCCUCAGCUCUCCACCUCGUCUCCAAGCAGCAACAGCAUUCAUGUCUCUUGGCAGCCGGUGGACCCUGCAGUCAGCUACACCGUCACCCUGGUCCACGUAGGGUCCAACUCCGAGGUGAAGCAGAACACAUCUUACACCAACAUAACCGUUUCUGGUCUGGAAGCGGGGGCGCUCUACACAAUCUCGGCAGUGUCCUGGGACCCCGAGGGCCGCGAGGGAGAGCCCAGCGCCUUCAUUAACCAGACCACACGACCCCCCACACCGAGCGGCAUCAACAUCUCGGUGGUGCAGCCCCACGGGGGACCAGCUGGACUUUUGGUGUCCUGGGAGCACCUGGAAGAUCUUCAUGGCUCUGUCCAGUACUGGGUUUCAAGUGACCAGAAUCUGACUUGUGACUCUGUGGACUCAGACUCCUGCAUCUUGUCUCCACUGGACUGUGGGCAGGUCCACAACAUCCAUGUGGUCGCGUCCAACCCAUCUGGGUCCAGUCUCCCGUCUGUACAUGACUUCAUCUCCUACCCCUGCUCUCCCGACUCGUUGGUUCUGGAGGACCCAGUAGAAGAUGAAUGCGCUCUAACGUGGGCACCAGUUCCUCAUGCUGAGAUCUAUGUGGUUGUCAUUAAGCGGAGUGAUGGCAGCGAGGAGACAUGCAACACCACAGACACAAACUGCACCUUCACCUGCGGCUGUGGACUCACACACCUGCUGUCAGCCUACGCCCAGAACGAUGCAGGGACCAGCCCGGCCGGCCCCAUGCUCAAUUUCACUAAAGUGCCUUGUUGUCCUGAAGAUGUCACCAUCUCUGGGGUCAGCGCGGACACGAUUGAGGUCAUAUGGACGGCUGCCCGCGGUGCUGACCUCUACGAGACGCGCGCCGUCGACUCCUUUGAGGUCAUCGUAUGCAACGACACGGCGCCAGUGUGUGCACUCUCUGACCUCAGCUGUGACCAGACCUACAGCUUCAAAGUCACGCCCUGCAACGACAUUAGUGGUUGCAACCGAGCCUGCCCCGCCCACAGCAGGGACACGGCGCCAUGCUCGCCAACUCACCUGCAGUUGCACCACACCUCUUCUGGAGUCUCCGUCAGCUGGAACUCUACAAAUCGCAUGGCUAACUUCACAGUCAUCGCAAAAAGUGAUGAAAGCACUCUCACCUGUACAAGCGACGGAGAUACAUGUGACAUCAACGACCUGCCCUGUGGCUCCAUUUAUCAUGUCAGCGUCAUGGCCACCAGCGGUGCCGGCCAGAGUUUACCCAGUUUCUCUGAGCUCCUGGAGACGGAGCCCUGCUGUCCUCAGAACCUGACGGUGGAGCAGGUGACUCAGGCCAUCACCAAUGUCACAUGGUCUCCUGCCCGAGGAGCUGACUCCUUCAGGGUCGCUCUGACAUCAUCGCGAGGUCAUGCCCGCUGCCACACACAGGACUCGCACUGUCUCAUGGGCUGCAUCACCUGUGGCACCAACUACACUGUCACCAUGGACGCCUACAGCAGCAGCGGCCGCCACGCAGACUGUGUCUACCAAGGCUUCUCCUCCAGUGCCUGCUGUCCCUCAGGAGUGAGGGUCUACAAGAAUGGAGGGACGUCUCUGAGGGUCCUGUGGCGCUCCUCCUCUUCCUCCUCCCAUAUGCAGGUCCAGAUGAGCAGUACCAGUCACAACUUCAGCUGCUCAGCGUCCCCUGGUGGCAGCAGCUGUGACAUCACUGGUGUCCAGUGUGGAGAGGUCUACACGGUGCUGGUGGCUCCUGUGACAGCAGGGGGUGCUGUGGUCCCCUUCUGCCAUCACAGACUCUUCUCAGUCACAUGUUCAGGAAGUGAUGUCGGGACAGUGUCAUAUCGUGGGAAAAGAAGCCUGAAUGACUCGAGGAUCUCUGAGGAUCUAUCAUCCUGAUGUUCAUCUUGAAUGCAGUUCAGUUUUAAACUUAAACAAGCAAACUUCCAGCUGGUCAACGUCCUUCACAAGUCCCGCCGCUGAAUCCCACGACAACGAAACCCUUUGCCC